GUAUAGAAGCUUCAAAAGCAUUUUCCGGGUUUCUUGAGAGAACAGGUACCAGAGAGCUCAAAAGAGAAUCCAUAUCAAUCUUUAUUCAGUCGAACUUUGCCCCCAUCACUUUCCGUGAUUUGUAUUUCUACGAUUGAAGAUAGCUAUGACGAAGCAGCAAGCAAAUUGGUCUCCUUAUGACAACAAUGGAGGGACGUGUGUUGCAAUUGCUGGAGCUAAUUACUGCGUGAUUGCGGCUGACACUCGAAUGUCCACCGGUUACAACAUUCUUACUCGCGAUUACUCCAAAAUUAUUCAGCUAGCGGACAAAUCUGUGAUGGCCUCUUCAGGUUUUCAGGCUGACGUCAGAGCUCUGCAAAAGGUUUUGGCAGCCAGGCACUUGAUCUAUCAACAUCAGCAUAACAAACAAAUGAGCUGCCCUGCAAUGGCCCAGCUGCUCUCUAAUACCCUGUACUACAAGCGUUUCUUCCCUUAUUAUGCUUUCAAUGUCCUGGGUGGCCUUGACAAUGAAGGAAAGGGGUGUGUCUUCACUUAUGAUGCUGUUGGAUCUUAUGAAAGGGUGGGAUACAGUUCUCAAGGCUCUGGUGCUACUCUUAUCACCCCUUUUUUGGACAACCAACUGAAGUCUCCAAGUCCUCUCUUAUUACCUGCAAAGGAUGCGGUAACUCCUCUUUCAGAGUCUGAAGCCAUUGACUUGGUGAAAACUUGUUUUGCAUCAGCAACAGAAAGGGACAUAUACACUGGAGACAAGGUGGAGAUAGUCAUUUUGAAUGCAAGUGGAAUACGUCGUGAGUACAUGGAACUUAGGAAAGACUAAAUCCAGUUUCCUGUUCCUUGUGCCCCUGCUUUCCUUGGGAGAUCGAAAAUGCUAGGGUACCUGUUUGACGAUAAUUUAUCCCAUUGUUGGGACACAUUAGUUACCUGUUACUUAGUGAAUUAUCCUCUCAUGGUACGGUGAUUUCUUGAGGAAAAUCAAAUUUCUGUGUUUGCAUUUAAGUCCCUGUUGUUUAAACUCGCAAACCUUGGAUACGAGGAGCAAUCAGGUAUUUCUUGGGGCAAAAAAA